AUGGCUUUCAGCUUCGGAUUUUCAGGGGAUGAUAUCGAUAUUGAUGACUCGGAGAUCAAUAAUGAUUUCACCGAUGUGCCUUCUCAGCAUGUCGGCAAUUCUCUUCCCGAGCUGGUGAAGCCGAGUAAACAUGAUAUGAAUGAAUGGCUCUCCAUUCUACCGUCUCAGGUUUCAUAUAAUAAGCUAGCAAUCAAGAACGCACUGGCUGUCGCUCGUCGCGAGAUCUUUGACAUCCGCACGCAGCUCAUGGCGGAAGACAGCGCCGGCCAUGAUAACGAGGAACUAAUCGCCGGCAUCGAGAAAGGCGAUAUCAAGCCUAAUUUCUACGAAGGCGGCUUCAAAACCUGGGAAUGUUCACUGGAUCUCGCUAAGCUUUCCCUGGAUGAAGAUAUUCUUAAGGAAUCUCCGGAUAGCCCGACGGACAUCCAUAUAAUUGAGCUCGGCGCAGGAACAGCGGUCCCAACGCUGACCCUGUUCGCUCACCUGCUCCAAGCCGGACCCGGCAGCCAGAGAAAGACCAUCUUUACCUUCGCAGACUACAAUUCCGACGUGCUCCGUCUCGUCACACUUCCUAAUCUUCUUCUGACUUGGAAUCAAAGUCGUACUCAAAGCGCUGUUUCGGCUGCAUCCACUGCGCCGGUCCAGGAAGAGGAGUUGGAUAUCACACCUGAGCUGAUUGAGGAGUUCAAGACUGAUCUUGUGCAGCGGGGAAUCUCCGUCAACUUUGUAUCAGGCGCUUGGUCGCCUGAGUUUGUUGACCUUGUUUUCUCUGGCGACAACUCUUCUCGCAAGACCUUGAUUCUCGCUAGUGAGACUAUCUACUCCCCGGCCUCGCUCACGGCUUUCUCCGAGACGCUUUUGGCGCUGCUCCGUCGCUCAAGCACUACGUUGGCGAAGAGCCGGGCUCUUAUUGCGGCGAAGAAGGUUUAUUUCGGAGUUGGUGGUGGUGUGGAUGAGUUCCUUGCUGUGCUGGAUACCGUGUGUGGCAAUGAGUUGCAUGUCCAACAGAUAUUGAAUGUCCAAUCCGAGGGCGUUGGGAGAGUGGUUUUGGAAGUUGUUCCUUCCACCCAAUAUUAG